UGUUCCCACUCCCCUGUCUAGCGUCCACUGUCCACCUCCCGCGAGUCCGUGACGCGUCACCGUCACCGUCCUUCCUCCAUCGUCGCAAACGAGCCCAGUUGGCGAUUUGCUUUCGAACCGCACUUGCCCUCCUCUGUUCCCUCCUUUCCCAACUCCUUCUAUAGUUGGCUUCUCGCCACCCUCUCUGCUUUCGAUCAGCUUUCCCCACUUCUCCCCUCGACUCCCCGGUUCCCCUUCCCUCCAACUCCAAUCCAUGGCGUCCACGGAUCGCUCCACGCCGGCGGAGGACCAGCAGCAGCAGCAGCCGCAGCGCCCGUCCCUCUUCUCGCCGUACCAGAUGCCCCGCUUCCGUCUCGCUCACCGGGUGGUGCUGGCGCCGAUGACCAGGUGCAGGGCGCCCGACGCGAUCCCGGGCCCCGCGCUCGCGGAGUACUACGCGCAGCGGUCCACGGAAGGCGGCUUGCUCAUCUCCGAGGGCACCAUCAUCUCGCCCUCCGGCCCUGGGUUCCCUCGUGUCCCUGGGAUAUACAAUCAAGAGCAGACUGAUGCAUGGAGAAAGGUGGUUGAUGCUGUUCAUGCCAAGGGAGCUAUUUUUUUCUGCCAACUAUGGCAUGUAGGGAGAGCUUCUCACCAAGUAUAUCAGCCGGGUGGUGCUGCUCCAAUAUCCUCAACUGAUAAGCCAAUAUCAUCAAGAUGGAGGAUACUGAUGCCCGAUGGAUCCUAUGGCAAGUAUCCAACUCCGACGCGCCUAGCCACAUCCGAGAUACCAGAAAUUGUUGAACAGUAUCGGCAAGCUGCCAUAAACGCCAUCAAAGCAGGUUUCGAUGGCAUUGAGAUCCACGGCGCCCAUGGCUAUCUCAUCGAUCAGUUCCUCAAGGACGGUAUCAACGAGCGGACUGACGAGUACGGUGGCUCACUCUCCAACCGUUGCCGGUUCCUCCUGGAGGUGACCCGAGCCGUGGUCUCUGCCAUAGGUGCAGACCGCGUCGCGGUCCGCGUGUCCCCGGCCAUCGACCAUCUCGACGCCUACGACUCCAACCCCCUGCAGCUCGGCUUGGCCGUGGUGGACCGUCUCAACGCUCUCCAGCAGGAGGUGGGGCGGCUGCUGGCCUACUUCCACGUGACGCAGCCACGGUACACGGCGUACGGGCAGACGGAGUCCGGCCAGCACGGGAGUGCCGAGGAGGAGAGCCGGCUGAUGCGUGCCCUGCGGGGUGCCUACCGUGGCACGUUCAUGUGCAGCGGCGGGUACACGCGGGAGCUCGGCGUGGAGGCCGUCGAGUCCGGGGACGCCGACCUGGUGUCGUACGGGCGGCUGUUCAUCGCGAACCCGGACCUGGUGGAGCGGUUUCGGCGCGACGCCCCGCUGAACAAAUACGUGCGCAAGACGUUCUACACCCCGGACCCCGUCGUCGGUUACACGGACUACCCAUUCCUCGGCCAGCCUAAGGCGCGCAUGUGAUUAGUAGGUUGCUAAUCAUAAGAGGCGGACUAUUGUUUGUGUAUUGUCAAUUGUGACUUGAGAAAAUAAGCAAACAUACGGUACUCCUACUGUAGAUGUGUUACCAAUAUCCGGGUCGCAGAUUGUAUCCUGAUAGUGCAAAGAGAAAAUAGUGUACUUAAUGGGGGAAAUGGGUGUUCUUAUUCAAGUUUCUCCAGGCCUAUUUGCACUCUUGAAAAUGCAUACGCUCGAGGGUCGUGACAAGUCAUCAGUUCCACACAGUGGGUGAAUCUGGUAUUCUGAUAGAUUUUCCACAAUUCCACCCAAUCAAUUAGUACGCCUAAUCGUUGUGGUUGUAAGGGUCUUGACAGUGUGCUUUGUUAUAUUAUGCUGAUUCCACAUC